AUGGGUGCUGCUCCAAGCAGGGAGACACUACGACGGGGGCUAUACAACGUGCCAACACAGAUGAAGAAUAAUGUUGACAGCUCCCGAUCUCAAAGCAAACCAGACAUUGUACUUAUUCCGCUCAUUAAAGAAUAUUUUCCAUCGGCCGACUGCCCGCUGUUCGUGCAGUUUCACAAGAUGCGGUGUGAUCCGGGUGUGAAUUAUUACUUCCGCCACCCUCUGUACCCGGGUGAUUUGAGCCGCAUUCCCAACGUGCAUAGCAAUGAUGCCAGGUCUUCUAACCGAUCGAGAGAUGCACUGUAUUCUGAAUUUGUGGAGCAGACAGAGGAGAGACUCUUUGAUACAGAUAAUGAGAUGCGACAGGCACAUGAGCUUUCCAUGAGUGACAGGUCUGCCGGUGGAUCCCCUUCCUUCCAUAUGGAGGGGGCGAAAACAGCAAACGUUGGGAAAAAAGUUCUUCCGAUCAUAUGCGCAGUGGCUUUUCUCCACGAUCGCGAGAAGUUUGAACAACUUCAACAGACUCAGGGGACUCCGGGGGGUAGCAGGGUGCCACAUGUUUUGAUGGGGAAGGAAAACUCGGAUAUUCUUGAAGGAAAGGUUGUCAACAUCAUCGGUUUCUUUGGUAUGUUACCAAGGGAGAUAGAGCGGAAACCGUUGACAUCUCCGGUAAUCUUCAGUCCCGUAAGUCCCGGAUUAAGUGCGACCGGAAAAGGCAUUGCGGCACCAAGUAUGUUGAAAAAUUCUCUUUCUCUGCCAUGUACAGCUAGGGGGCCCAGCCAUGGUUCCUCGCAAGACCUUCAGCAACUGAUUGCACCGCUCUCUUCACAGGCUUCAGUGGCUAGUGGGAACGAACUUCGCAACCGUCCCAGCUUUGUACCUACGCCGCACGUGCCACCUGAACGAUGCCCGUUGACAGCAUCCGCUGGUGCCUUUUCACUGGUGUCCUCUCUCGGCGGGACGCCAGCUCGGGAACCGUCGGCGAGACAGCGACCCUUCUUGCAGUCAGAAGGUUUGUUACGGGAAAUGGACCAGGCGUUGUCUUACCGUUGCACUGCGUUGGAGGAGAGGCUUAGCCGGUUUGGUUUGCCGGCACCUGCGGCGCCGGAGCCGCUUACAGCUGUUGUUUUUAUGACCAAGUCUGCGGGAGAGCAAAACCUGUGUCGGGUGACUUUUGUGGCCGCCAAGACUUAUCAUGGCCAGCUGGUUGAGGCUGGGGUACUAAAGCAGCGUGGAAAUGGCCCUUCACCACCGCUGGAAUCCGAAAGGCGGUAUCUCCCACCUUUGGAAACAUUUAGUUUUUCAUCGCUGAUGACAAACGUACCGUUUAUUUCAUUCGUGUACGAAAUGCGUUGUCGCUGGGGACGCUUUGGGUUUUUCUCUCGACGUGUGGACUCACCGUCCUUACGGAUGGGUUCUCUGAAUGCUUCCUCCAGUUUUACUUACGGCUUUACGGGAGGCGCACAUUCAGAGGCACCGAAUCCGGAAGAGACACACAGGGGCUUCGCCAUGUGGCUGACAAAAAACGGUGUGUUCCAUGGCCGAAUCGAAAGAGAACUGGCGGAACAUCUUUGUUUUUGCAUGGCAGAACAGCCCGACUUCAUGUCAGUCCCAGCUGCAACACUUCCAAUAGGUGGGGGUUACUGGCGGUUCCGUGGCCUUGUUGACCGUAACAACCCACGACCUAUUCAGCUUUGUGGCGACGGUGCUGAAGCGGCGGACCCGCUUGAUGUGUAUGUCAUGGGUUCCCCAGCGGUUGGUGGUUUUGACGAGGGUGAUGUUUUGAAAUAUGACCAAACGAGCCGUUCGUGGGUGGCCAACCGGGACAUCCCACUCGAUGCUGUUGUCCUUGCGGCAAUGCGGCCAUUUUGCAAGGCUGCGCGCACAGCUCCACCCGAUGACAUCGGGUGGGUGACUAUUGAGGUGGAAGAGCAAGACGAGAUGGGGGUUGAAGACCAGGAUCAUCUUGAGACGGCGGGAAAGAGGGAUAUGGAUACCGGGGCAGUUGUUCGUCAAGAGGACCGUGAUGGUACUGUGGUGAGAAAACGAGUCCACGUUCGUGAAGGGAAUUUCUAUAUCUAUCGUUUUGAGCUGAAUGGUGAGGUGCAUUACCACGGUACUGUGCCAGAUUUCGCGAAUCCCAACAAAAAGAGGGCAUCGCACAGCAGUUCUGUCGGGGCGAGGAGUGUAGCUCCCAUGGGGCCAGCGGUUGUCGCACGGCGUUUUGAUAAUACGAACGAAAGGGGCCGUCAACAUUCUGUUGGAUUAACAGCAGACCGCAGCACCAACGAGCACUCAUUGUCUGUGACUUCAACGUUUUCCCCCCCCUUUGUUGAGAGUUUUAUGGGGAGCGAAAGGACGAGUGCAACGUUCCUAGCAAGCCCUCUCCAGCCCGUAAGGGAGGCCAUCAGUCGCUCGGUGGGGACGGUCUCGUAUUCUAAUCGGGGCUAUGAGUCGACCGGGAGCCAGUCCUCUUUUCCUGUUGUGCCUGUGACCCCAGAUACGAUGUUUCCUCCAUCGAGAGGGCUGACAACGCCGGUGGCGCGUCGCAGGUCGACAUUUGUGCCAGUUGGCUCGGAGGUCGAAGUGGAUGAGUCGCAACGGGACACGAAUGAAUCGGACGGAGGGCCAACAGCAUUUGUCAGGCGCUUCAUAGACUCAACGGUUUAUAUAUGGGACUGGAGAUAUUGCGCAGAUAGAUAA